AUGAGGCCCCUUCUGACCGCCACGCGUAUCGCCCGCCCCGCCGCCAAGUCGCUGGCAUCGAUCCCUGCGGCACGCACAGUGCGUCCAGCCGUCCUCAAGCAGCUCCCUCGGCGUGGUUUCACGACUAGCCCACCAAAGAGCGCUCGUUAUGAACGCUUCGACUUUCCGUCUUCAGGGCAGCCUGGUGGAAGCAACAAUGUCACCAACUUUCUGCGCCGGCGCUUGGGGGGAGACCGCGGCAUGAUCGUCUUUGGAGUCGCUACUGGGUUUGGCGUAAUCUACUACAUUGCACACCUCGAACGUGUUCCUGAGACUGGCCGUCUGCGGUUCAUGGACUGCUCCCCAGAGCAGGAGCAGGAGAUUGGCAAGGCGUCCUUUGUCGAGACCAUGGAUCAGUUUGGCAUGAAGUGCUUGCCACCCAACCACCCCAUCACCAGGCGCGUCCGUGAAAUCGCGACUCGCAUUGUCGAGGGCAACGCUCUUGGCCACAUGAAGUCGGCCCCCGGUCUCGGUGCUGUCGAGGCCCGAAUGUCCCAAUGGGGCAUCGACGAGAACGGCAACAUCUAUAGCGGGGACAGGGCCGACGACCAGAACAGCACCAAGAACGAAUGGGAAGUGUUUGUGGUCGACGACCCCAAGACCAAGAACGCGUUUGUGAUUCCAGGAGGCAAGAUCUUUGUCUUUACCGGCAUCCUGCCGGUGUCUGCCAACGACGAUGGCCUAGCCACCGUCAUGGGUCAUGAAAUUGCGCACGUCGUGGCACGCCAUGGCGCCGAACGGAUGAGCUCCAUGAAGGUGCUCUUUGGAAUUAGCUUCUUGUUCGAGUCACUUGGACUCGAUGUGGGGCUCACUAGGCUGCUGGUGACAUUUCUACUCCAGUUGCCCAACUCUCGUACCAACGAGAGCGAGGCCGACACUAUCGGGUUGAACCUCAUGGCCAAGGCGUGUUAUCACCCAUCUGAGGCGCCAAAGAUGUGGGAGCGCAUGUCGGCCGCAGACGGCGGCGGUGGCAACCUGGACUUUAUGUCGACUCAUCCGGCCAACGCCAAGCGGAUCAAGGCCCUUAUGAAGGAACAGCCCGAGGCAACAAAGCUCCGCGAGGACCGCUGCCAGAAUGUGCCCACCAACAAGGACUUUUCGGAUGCCAUGCGCAACCUGUCGACGUCGUCGUCGUCCAACGAUAGGCAGAGCGUGUGGGCGUAG